AUGCCUCUUCCGUGUUGUCGUGGAAACGGUUCCCAUCCCGAGUGCUUUGAGAUAACAGUUCCAGAUGAUGACUCACUUCAAUCAAAAAAUGUCAAGUGUCUUCCGUACUCCCGUUCUCUUCCAGUUCCCAACCCAAAGUGUUCAUUCGGCCAACGCCAGCAGGCAAAUAUGGCGACAUCUUACCUAGAUUUGAGUCAAAUUUACGGAAAUACAAAUGGAUUUGUCAGUCGGAUGAGACUAUUCAAAGAUGGAAAAUUAGCACUUCGAGCCGUCGGAGGAUUCAAUAAUCAGAUGGGAAUCCCUCCAGCGAAUUUGGAUAAUUCUGUUUGUAGAUCGUAUUCUGGAAAACCCUGUUUGUUGGCUGGAAAUAAUAGGUAA